UUAAGUAAGCUAAGCUAACGCUAGUUCCAGUUUAAGAUUUUGGUGGAAUUACAAAAUGAUAAGAAUGACAACAUCACGUUUCAGUAGGGCAGUCAGUGUUUUUCUUUUGUUAUGAAUUAGUGUGUUGUUAUAUGGUUGCUGUUUGUAGUCUGAAGAAACUGCGGCUAAACCUGACUUUAAACGUCUGUUUGUAAGAACAACAGCGAAUCUAGCAUCAAGCUAAGAGAUGUCUUCACCACUACAGCCAGUGCAGGACAGACAAAGCAUGUCCACAAAUGAGGUGAUAGGUCAGCUGUUGAAAGAGCAGGAGGAAAGGGAGAAGAGGAAAAACACAUCUCUCCCUACUCAAGACCUCACAGGCAUGUCAACGUCUGAGGUUAAUCAAGACAUUUCUAAGAGAGACAGCAGUGAGAACUGGAUCCUCAUGUCAGAGAAGAAUGCGCAGCUAAAGUUUGAUGAUAAGGUGAUCAGUUCAAAGAUUAAGACGACCGCAAAGGCCAUGACUGCACAGAAGUAUGUAGUACAAAGACUUGAAGAUUUCAAGGCAUUUGAAGAUUGCUUUUUGAAAGAAUUCCUCACCUCUGUCGAGAAGAAAGUUAUGGAUGCCCAAAAUCUCAGGUUGAAAAACUCAAGUAGCUCCAUACAGGAAAUGAAUGAUAAGAUUGAGAAGGUCACCGAUGAAACAGCAAUAUUAAAAAGUGAAGUUGCCAAGAUUGAGAAGGUUCUGAAUGAAUAUAAGAGGUACAGGAGAGUUCUGUUCAAGCUUUCUCCUCCCGAGUGGCAGGAAGCCCAGAAAGCAGCGACUUUAACAACCAAAGGCUUGCCAGACAGACCAGAUGGCUUGGAGAAAGAUCUGGAUUCCACUCCAGAUAGAGUGCUGCCUCCCACCAGUGAGUCUACACUGUUCUCAAACCACAGUGAUGCCGUGUAA